AUGCAUGUGGUUUUAACUAAUGAUGAUGGUCCAUUGAACGAUAAACUGUGUCCUUAUUUCAAAUAUCUAGUUGAUGAAAUCAUCACCACUACUGAUUGGGAUCUUUCAAUAGUAGUACCAGAUCAACAAAGAUCAUGGAUUGGUAAAGCACAUUUUGCUGGGAAAACAUUAUCAGCAAGUUAUAUUUAUACCAAAGUAUCAACUUUACAACCCAAUGAUAAAAUAAAUUCAUUUGAAGGACCAUUUUUUAGACCAGAACCCAAAUUUCAUAAUGACAAAGAAUAUCAAGAAUGGUGUUUAAUCAAUAGUACACCGGCAGCGUGUGCUGAUAUUGGUAUUCAUCAUUUAUAUGCUCAUUCUAAAGGUAAACCAAUUGAUUUAGUUAUUAGUGGACCCAAUUUUGGUAAAAAUUCGAGUAAUUUAUAUAUAUUGGCUAGUGGAACAGUAGGUGCUGCCAUGGAAGCAGUUACUCAUGGAAUUAAAUCAAUUGCUUUGAGUUAUGCGUUUAAUAAUUUGGAUCAUGAUUAUUAUAUCUUGAAAGAAGCGGCUAAAAUAUCAGUUAAAUUGAUUAAGAAAUUAUAUCAACAAAUAAAAAAUUCUUCAGAGAUUGAUUUAUUUUCUAUUAAUAUUCCAUUAGUUGAUUCUUUAAAUUUACAAUCAACAAAAAUAUUUUAUGCUCCAAUUUUAAAAAAUUAUUGGAAAUCAAUUUAUACUCCAUUACUGGAACCUAAUGAAAAAGGACAAUUACAAUUUUCAUGGACACCAGAUUUUAAAAAAGUUUAUAAAGAUGGAUUAGCUGAUGAAAAUCAUACUGAUAGUCGAGUUUUAUUGGAAGAAGGAAUCAGUGUCACUCCUUUACAAGCUGCAUUUCGAGUAAUUGAGCCAUUAAAAGGUGAAAUAAAAUUAACGGAUGACGAAGAAGAAGAAGAAGAAGAAGAAAAGGUAGCUAAUGGAAAUACUCUUUUAAUUACAAUACCAAAAGAAUCAUACAUUUAUGAUCCUAUAACUGAACCAUUUAAAAAAUUGGGAUAUAAAAUUACUUCCGAUAAAAGUAUUAUUAAUUCUAACAUUUCAACUUCAAUUUUCCAUUAUGGUGAAUAUGAAGAUAUUGAUUUAGAUUCAAUUAGUAACGAGAAUUAUUUCAUUCCAUCAUAUAUUUAUCGUAAAGCACUUAUUCGUAAACAUUAUCUUGCCAAUACCGUUCAUCAUUAUGUCACCAAAAAUCCUAAAUCAAUUUUAAAAUCUGCUGUACCGGAAAGUUAUCAAUUGGAAGUUGAUUAUGCGGAAUUUUUAGAUGAUUCAUUAGAUGAUGCUUAUGAAUUGAGAGAUGAAAUUAAUAAAGAAGAAAAAUUAUGGAUUUUGAAACCUAGUAUGAGUGAUAAAGGUCAAGGUAUAAGAAUUUUUAAAACACUCGAUCAAUUGCAAGAAAUUUUCAACUCAUUUGAAGAAAACGAUGAGAAUGAAGAAGAUGAGGAAGGAGUAGACGAAGAAGAUAACGGUAUAAUUUUGUCUCAACUUCGUCAUUUUAUUGUUCAAGAAUAUAAGAGUAAUCCCUUGUUACUAUCAAAGUAUGACCAUAAGAAAUUCCAUUUACGUACUUAUGUUGUUUGUGUUGGUGAUUUGAAAGUAUUUAUUUAUAAGAAUAUUUUGACCUUAUUUGCUGGUGAACCAUAUAAAUUGCCUGGUGACGAGGAUGAAGUAGUAUCUUUAGCAGGACACUUAACCAACACUUGUUUACAGGAAAAUGAGGAUCCGUUGGUGGUACCAUUUUGGAAAUUACAAGGUCUUGCUGAUAAUGAUAAAAACAUUGUGUUUGAACAAAUUUGUGAUAUUACAAAAGAAUUGUUUAAAGCUGCUACAAGUGUCGACAAAAUGAAUUUUCAACCAAUUAAUAAUGCCAUUGAGAUAUUUGGUGUAGAUUUCUUGGUGAACAGUGAUUUCUCCGUUAAUCUAUUAGAAGUUAAUUCAUACCCUGAUUUUAAACAAACAGGAGAUGAUUUGAAAGAGAUUAUAUACGAAUUAUUUGAAAGAGUUGCCACUGAAUUAGUUGAUCCAAUGAUUAAUGGAAAUUCUUUACUGGUCAAAAAUGAAGCAAGUAACUUGAUAGAAGUUUUAUAG